AUGUGACGCCGUACAGGAACAUGGCGCUUUGGAAGGGAGCUGUUUCAUGAUAGUCAGAGCGAUUGAUCCAUUUUAUUUAGUUAUGUUAAUUUAUAUAACAGCCAGGUAAAUAAACCAAAUAUGUUAGGCCGUGAAAGGUGAUCGCUCCUUGUGUCUCCAUGGACAACGAAACACUAGGUUUGGUAGCGUUGUGUGCUGUCGUCAGCUGAAACUGUUAGCAUUGAUAUGCUAUCUAAAGCUAGUUAGCUGGCUAAUGUUAAGUAGCUAGCGUUAAAUAUGCUUGUUUACGUAGCCUACACUGACUUUAAACUGAUUAUCAAUGGUUAAAACACGUUAUUUAUUAUCAGAUCAGCCAUUUAUUGUUUAGGACGACGAUUCCGAUUAGCUAACAUUUCGUUAGCUAAACUAGGAGGAUGAAGAGCCGCCAUGGAUAUGUUUUGUUUCUGGCCAGUGGGAUUUUCCUGUCGGUGUUUUGGUUGUCUGAAGGUGCCCCUCUUCAGUAUCAACACAACUCAGGUGGAAGCACAGGGGACACGUGGUCUGUGUCCCUCUACCUGUCCCUGGUGGUGUCCCUGACGGCGCUCGUGGCCUUGGUGGUGCUGCUAGUGAACUGCGUGACCUGCUGCAAGGAGAGGGAGAUCAACUUCAAGGAGUUUGAGGACCACUUUGAGGAUGAGAUCGACUUCACUCCCCCGGCAGAGGACACUCCUUCUAUGCAGUCCCCAGCUGAGGUGUACACCCUCGCUGUGUCCCCCGUGGCCCUGCCUGGGCCCCCCCACCUCCAACCUCCUGUCAGCAUCACAGAGGGAUCAGGGGACGUCCAGGUGGCUCGUCACAGUCUGAGUUACAUCCAAGAGAUCGGCAAUGGCUGGUUUGGCCAGGUCCUUCUGAGUGAAAUCUACACGGAUCCCGGUGGAGCCAGAGUGGUGGUGAAGGAGUUAAAAGCUAAUGCAAGUGGCAAGGAGCAGAAUGAUUUCCUGCAGCAGGGGGAUCCAUACAGAGUGCUGCAGCACCCGAACAUCCUCCAAUGCCUGGGACAGUGUGUCGAGGCCAUCCCCUUCCUGCUUGUGUUUGAGUACUGUGAAAUGGGGGAUUUGCGGGGCUUCCUGUCUCAGCAGGAUUGGAUGUUCAGGAACGCUGAGUUGCUGCAGCUGCAGAGGAUGGCCUGCGAAAUCGCUGCCGGUGUCACUCACCUUCACAAAAACAACUUCCUGCACAGUGAUUUGGCUCUGAGGAACUGCUACCUGACCGGAGAUCUUACAGUCAAAGUGGGAGACUAUGGAAUCGGACCCUACAGAUACAAAGAGGAUUACAUCAUCACAGAGGAUGAUGUGUUUGCACCUCUCCGCUGGUUGGCUCCUGAGUUGGUGGGCGAGCGCCAUGGGGGGGUGAUUACUAUGGAGCAGACCAAGCCCAGCAAUGUGUGGGCCUUGGGGGUCACAUUGUGGGAGCUAUUUGAGAAUGCGGUUCAGCCGUACCCACAUCUUUCUGACCGGGAGGUUCUCCAUCAUGUGAUCAAGGAGCAACAAGUCAAACCCUUCAAGCCACAGCUGGAUCUUCCUUAUUCUGACAGAUGGCACGAGGUCCUGCAGUUCUGCUGGCUGUCUCCAGACAAACGGGCCACUGCGGAGGAAGUGCACCGUCUGCUCAUCUACCUGCGCAUGCAAGGCCAGAAGGACAUAGAAGAAGACUUUGAUCAACGCUGGGAUGCUCUCAAACCCAACCCUAUCGCGCGACAGAACACCAUCAGCCACUCCUCUUAUCCAAUCUUGGAUCAGUUUGCUGACGACGCCCUGCGACAAGAGAUCGACGAAGUUCUUACCGUUACUGAAACAAGCAAAGGUCUCAGCUUUGAGUACGUUUGGGAGGCAGCCAAGCACGACCACUAUGAGGGCAACCAUGGGCGCUCAGGCUUGGACACGACACUCAACUAUCACAGCAUGUUCUUCCCUGUUUCCACUGAAGACAUCCAGGCCCACUUCCCCGACCAUGGAGCCAGAGCAGCGGCCAUAGAAAGUGGGGACACUCCUUCAGGGAUUCCUGGCAUCGUACCAGUGUUCGAUGCACAGAAGCCAUCUAAUGGAAAUGAAUAUUACAUACAACUAGAAGAACAAGGGGAGAGCACUGUUGAGGAGGAUGGGAAUAGAGGACAAGACAUGGACUUCAGCUCAGGGCGUCAAGACUUUGUUGUCCUCCAAGAUGUCCGCCUGGAUGAGUCUAGUACAGAUGCAGACUUUUUCCACCAAAGUAUAGACUCCAAGGACUCGUAUUUGCCAGACAGCCACAUCUGGUCGUCUCUUGAAAAUGACAGUCCAUACCACACCAACAUUUUCACAGACGGGGGGUCCAAGCAGGAAGACUCUCCCUCCUGGAGACAGGGUUUUAUGGAGCUUCCAGAGCGCAAUGGCAACCCUUUCCGUGAUGUUGCACCUUUAGUAGUCCAGGAGGUGGAUACAGAUAAAAGCUACGGGGAUUAUUUUUUAGGGGAUUCUUCAGAAGCCCUUCACCCCACAGAUUCUGUAGAAGAGGAGAGGAAGAGCACAGGUGUGAACAGACUUCUGAACAUGGAAAAACUAGCUGAUAACUUUAUGUUUCUCAAAGACCAGCACCUGAUGAAGGACAGGUUAAGUCCACAGGAUCAUUUUCUCUUUCCUGGCCACACCCACGAACCAGAAGAAAGAUUCAAGAUGAGAUCUUGGGACAAUAUGGAGAAUUUGGGCAGCUUAAUCCCAGCAGACACUUACUUACAACCUGCAGCAAGUAGCACAUCCUCCAGACAGGAAUCUUUAGACUCUUCGAAAACCAGCUUGGGGGAGUCAUGUCCCUCGCUGGUGGUAAAUGAGAAACUGGUGCCUUUCAUUACCGUGGUCACAGAAGACAACACAAGCAACCAGCUGCCAGUUAGUAAUUGUUCUUCCACAGAAACCCUCGGUCCACUGCAAUCCUCAGUCAGAGGUAUAGACUCUGGUUUUGAUUCUACCUCCGAGAUGUUUGAGGGUAUCGUCAGUCCAACUGAUGACCACACCCUCGCAUUUUCUGAAAGUGCCACUACAGACUCAUUGUGCACAGAUGCCAAAAUCCCCAGCCUUGAAGACGACCUAGGAACCUCAGAGGAUAAUGUUCAUUCCGUAGUAAAUCAAAUGCCUGAUGACAUGCAAGUCCAAGCAUCGGACAUUGGACACAAUGAAGACCUCACGAGUAACGAUCUGUUGAGUGAACUCAUUGAGGACAUCGAGCUGGAAACCACUCUGUCUGACCAUGAAGAAUCCUUUAUGGAUACUAAUGGGCGCCCUACGGACAGAUCUUCUCUGUUGGUCUCUGGGCCGUCUCUGGACCAGAUCAGCCAGGACAGUUUACUGGAAGACAGCAUGUCCACCACCUUACCAACUGUGGAUGAUUCAGCCGAGACACCAGACUCUUUAGACUCUCUUGACAUCCACAGGCUCGGGGAACAAGGAGAAGAGCUAAGUGCUCAAACAGCCCAACACAAACUCCAGCCACCGUACAAAAUAUCAGACAGUGGGUAUGAGACAGAGAACCUUGAGUCUCCUGAGUGGAACUCUCAGCCUAAUGUCAUGGACCAAUCCCCCGUUAAAAAUGGCAUGAGUGUUGCCAAAGAAGAGGAGGAGAACGAGGAACUCGCGGCAGCAGGAGCUCUGGUUCCACCGGAAAUCAUCAUCUCUGAAGUAGAGGCUGUGCUGGAGCCUCACAGGGAGGAUCCUAUCGAGGGCGAGCAACAAGAUGAGGUAGCACCUGCUGUGGAGCCAGUUAUGGCCAGUAAUUACAGAGACUCGGCCUACUUCUCAGACAAUGAAUCAGAACCUGAGAAGAAGUCUGAAGAGGCGGCAGCAGGAGGUUCUAGACAGGCCACGUGGCUGAGGAACUCUACUGAGGAGGCCAGCGGGGUUCAUGGAGGUCCAGCACUCGAGAUCGGCGUGGAGCAAGAUGUCAAUUCUUUAUUUUCUCAGAGAGAAACUUCCCAAGCACAGGCCAAUGGAGAAACACCCACUCUUCAUGGCAUAUUACCAGAUUCAGAAAUCACAGAGAAAUGUAAGGGGGAAACCAACAGUCAGAAUGAAGAUGAAAACAAACAGGACUUGUUCAAAGACGGCACAUCUCUUGAUCAACCAUCAGAUGAUCUAGAAGCUUCCUCUCCACUUCCUCCCGUCCCCCCCUCAAAACCGGUGCAGGAGACCUCGGGUCACGCUAAACUCACACGGACCUACGCCAGUGAUAGUCAUAAAAUAAAAGAGCCGGACAUGGAGGGGCGUUUCCUGGGGAGGCGGGACGGUUCAGACGGACAGGAGGACGGGGGGGAAGCGGACGAGGAGGACGAGAACAGCGAGGACUCUGACGAUGAUGUCCGUGGAUACCAGCUGCACACCUCCAGUUCAGAGAGCGAGGAUGAGACGGUGCACACGGUGCCCGUUAUUGUCUCAGACGACAGCAGAGCAAAGAACCUGAAGAGCUUGUUGAAACCCACCUCGCUGAACAUCGGGGCGUCAUCUUCCCAGAGUGAAGAAAACUCCAGGAGAGCGGUGUCGUUCUUCGAUGAUGUCACGGUCUACCUGUUUGACCAGGAGACCCCCACCAAGGAACUGGGUGACCACUCCUCACACAAUCAGGCUCCAGAGUUCAGCAGCCCACUGCCCUCAGCCAGCUACCUGAACCGGUUCGCCAACUCUGAAAGCUCCACAGAUGAAGAAGGUGGUGGGUUUGAGUGGGAUGAUGACUUCUCCCUCGCACCUGCCUUCCCGCCCAAGACAGAUAACAACCCCAUGUCAAAGAAUAUGUCCUCCUCUGCGGCCUCUCGCUUCACCUCCCCCCCCCCUGCAGCAGGGCGGGGGCUGGAGAGCAGCUGGGCCGGCUCCUCAAACUACUCCCGCUUCUCCAUCUCUCCGGCCAGCAUCGCCAGCUUCUCCCUCACACAUCUCACCGACUCCGACAUCGAGCAAGGAGGAAGCAGUGAAGAUGGAGAAAAGGACUAGUGUGAAAUUAUCACACUAAUGAAAAAAUGAACCUCUACUCGCACUUUUUUGGAAACGGCUGAAUAAGGACAAAUGACGCGGUUUGUGGGUCAAACCGCGGAUGCUUCUCUCAGCCCGAAUUGCUCUUUACAUACAUGGAGACGGCCAUGAGAACAAUGACUCGGCAUAUAACACACACGUCCCAGCUCCAGUCUGAGCCACAUCACCCCUCCAGCUACAUCAGUGUGUGUGAUUUCAGUUCAGUGCAAUUCCAGAAAAAAAAAUGUUUCUAAAUGUUUGCUUUAAGGACUCAUCGAGCACAUUCCAGGUGUUUGGCUGCUUCAUUUCGUUGUGUGUCGAAAGUGCACUCAUUGUCCAGAACUUUUGCAUCACCAAAAAAAAAAAUCAACGUUAUGCUCUGAAUUCAACACACUGGGCUGCAAACGUAUCACUACAGCCAAAUAGGAAUAAGCUAUUUUGAUUUCAGCAGACCCAAAACUGAAGAUCCAAGCUUUUUUUUCUCUUACAUUGUUAUAUUUUCUCCUUCAUGUUGUGCGAUUAUUUCAGUGGUUGCCUCUUUUUGGAAGAGUGUUUUGUUUUUUCGUAACCUCUCGUUGGGUGUUAUAAGUCACAAUCUCCGAAUUGGAGAGAAACUGUGUGGUAUCCUUCUGUAGCAGCUUUGAAUUUACCUUAAUUAAAAUUCUCUCUUCUGCAGAGGGGACACACUGUAUGUUCCUAUAUCUGUGUUUGAAAGGAACAUUUACAGCAAGAAGUUUCAUAUUUUUGAGAUAUCUCAGUAAGAGUUCUUGGUGGUAUAUAAGGAUUGUCAUAUUUAUCCUUACAGAUGUGAUCCCAGACAAGUUAUACAUUUUGUAAUGCUUCGUUUAAUGCUCUGAAAUGUGCAGGAAGCAGCUCGGAUGGUUUUGAAUACUUGUCACUGGGUCUUAUCGCGGUGCCUGUGAUGCUGUACAGACAGCUGCACUCCUCCAUUUAAAUAACACUACAAAUGUUCAAAUCACACCUCGACUGAGAUUGUGUAAAAAGUGGGAGAUUUUAUUUUUAAAUGUCAGAAUGAAGAUAUGUAAAUGAGUUGUUUGUAAACAAAUGUGCAAUGAAUUUCGUUAAAUUGUUGAAAUUUGAGUUCAUAGGAUGGCCCGAUGAACGUGUUGGCGUUUCUUCAGUACUGUGCAGGGACUUUAAGCUUCACAUAAACUCACUACUAGAACAAAACACUGCUCCUUUUAUCAGUGUCAUGAACAGAGUUUUCUGCCUUUUUCUUUUUUUUUUUUACUACGUGUCAAACUUAAUGAACAUGUUCAGAUAUAAUCUUCCUCCUUAAGGACCCCUCGUCCAGGUGAACUUUUGAGCAUUUUGUCAUUGCAUUUAUCAUUUGCAGGCCAUACGUCGUCUCCGGCUGCACAGCGCUGACCGGAUGUUUGUGUUUCGUAUUUCUGUAAAGAAGCAAAAUGCAAAAAUGUUGUGGAUCCAGAUCUACUUUCCUUCCAAGGUUUCCGUGUACAGCUAUAAAAAUGCAGUUCUUUGAAACUGUAGGUUAUACAGUUACUGUGUGGUUCUUCAAACACCCUAAAGAUUUCGUCACAGAUGACCUGAUGAACAGCUGUACUUCACCUGUAGUAGAAGAUGUCCCCCCCCCCCCACCCCAUACAGAAGGCACUGUAUCUUAGGUAAUGUCAACCUCUGUUAAAAACCAGCAGCCUGUGCUUCAGUUCAACUUGAAAAUUUAUUUAAGGAAAUCUUGUUUUAUUUGACUACAGUAUACAUUUGCUUAAUCUUGCACAUUUGAGAAAUGUAACUUAAUGUUGAACUGUACUGAUGUAUGUAAAUGUAAAUCCUUUUUGUCUGUAAAUGGGAAAUUAUGUAACUGAGUUGUAGGUAUGAGGUUUAAUUUUGUAAGUUGAGUUGAUCAGAGGAACAUAUCAGUCGUCGGCUAAAAGCAGUUAAAUUAAGACACAAAAGGAGACGUGAACUCAUUCUGUCCUUUACACUUGUAGAUUUAAAAAAAUAUUUUUACUUCAUAUUUAUCAUGCUUAGUGUAAUUGAAUGAAAUGUUUAUAAUUACACUGUUUAAUAUGAAAAUAAAUGCAAAUGAACUUA